CCUUGCCAACACCGGAGGUCAAAGGGAGCUGCUUACGACAGCCGUAUUGUGAGGCCGUGUUGUAGCUGUCAGCGUGACUGUAUGGAGACUGGUAUAUAACACAGACAUCCGAGCAGAGUGACGUCCUGCAGGCUGCGGGGACCAUGCUGUACCUGAUCGGACUGGGUCUGGGGGAUGCGAAGGAUGUGACAGUGAGGGGCCUGGAAGUGAUCAAGAGCUGCUCCCGGGUCUAUCUGGAGGCAUACACGUCCAUACUGUCCGUGGGCAAGGAGGCUUUGGAGGAAUACUAUGGCCGCGAGCUGAUCCUUGCUGACCGCGAGACCGUGGAGCAAGAGGCCGAUGAAAUUCUCAGAGACGCGGCUGUUACUGACAUUGCCUUUUUGGUGGUUGGCGAUCCAUUUGGGGCUACAACACACAGCGACCUGGUUCUGCGAGCUGCUAAGGCUGGAAUCCAGCAUCGGGUCAUUCACAAUGCAUCUAUACUGAGUGCUAUUGGCUGCUGCGGCCUUCAGCUUUACAAUUUUGGGGAGACCGCCUCCAUUGUCUUCUGGACAGACUCCUGGAAACCAGAGAGCUUUUAUGACAAAAUCAGAAGGAACCGACUGAGUGGACUGCACACUCUCUGCUUACUAGAUAUAAAGGUGAAGGAGCAAUCCAUAGAGAACCUUAUGAGAGGAAAAAAGGUCUUCGAGCCGCCGCGUUUCAUGACUGUGAAUCAAGCAGCAGAGCAGCUUUUACAGAUCGUGCAGAACAGAAGGGAGCUGGGAGAGGAACUUGCUCUAACCGAGAACACAAUCUGCGUGGGACUGGCCCGAGUCGGGGCUACUGACCAACAUAUAGCAGCGGGCACUCUGCAGCAACUCAGCACGGUUGACUUUGGAGGUCCUCUUCAUUCUCUGGUGAUAAGCGGCUGCAUGCACCCCCUAGAACUGGACAUGCUUAGACUGUUUGCUGUGGAACCCUGUAGCUUUGAUCAGAUAAAUGUGGAGGACAGCUCAACAUAUCUGUCGUCAUAGACAAUCCGUGAACAAUCUGCCCUACUCGAUGCAGGAGCAGCUGCCCAGCCUGUGGCAGCAAACAGUGCUUUGUGUUUGUCCCCUUGUGUUACUGUGCCACCCUCACUAGUGAUAGUCGUAUCCUAGGGAUGCACCAACUGCACACUUACUAUAUAUGAGCUAAAAUCUGAUGUAAGAAUUGGACCUCAUGCACGCGACCGUAUCAGUUUGACGGUCCACAAAUUAUGGAUCCACAAAAUACGUAGGAGUUUGUGGUCCCCAUUUUGCAGAUAUGUUCUAUCUUUUUGCUGAACGGACAUGCAGAUGUGGACCUAUGUGCUUUCAGAAUCCGUAUGUCCGAUCAGCAAAAAGAUACAGUAGAACUUUUUUCAUAUUUGG